AUAAUUUUCAUAAUAACUAUAUUAGUGGAAAAUUCCAUGCUGAGCGAAGAAAAAUGUCUUGUAACUUUUGUGUUUUAAUAUCAUGAAUAAUCCGUUUGUGAGAUUUUGCAAAUGUUCAGUACAUGGGCCGAUUGCACGUAAACCUAGCCCGUUUGCAAUUGAAACCUAAAUAAAUAUUAAUUUUCAAGGUCAUGAAAUAAACGAAGAAAGAAGAAGUAGAUGUUUUUUGAAGGUUAGGAACCAAAAUACAAAACUAAUUUUUUUGGACGAUUAUGGAAGCAAAAUCUGGAGAUUGGUGUUUAAUUGAAAGCGACCCUGGAGUAUUUUCCGAGUUAAUUCGCGAAUUCGGUUGUAAAGGAGUACAAGUGGAAGAAUUAUGGAGCUUAGAUGGUGAACAGUUCGAUAGUUUGAAACCUAUUCAUGGAUUAAUUUUUUUGUUUAAAUGGACAAAGGAUACUGCAGAACCUAGUGGUUCGAUUGUUCAGGAUAACCGAUUAGAAAAAAUAUUUUUUGCUAGACAAGUUAUAGAAAAUGCUUGUGCUACUCAAGCAAUUUUGAGUGUGUUGCUUAAUUGUCGUCAUCCAGAUUUAAAGCUGGGCCCAACACUAACUGAAUUAAAGGACUUUUGCCAGAGUUUUGAUGCAUAUAUGAAAGGUUUAACUAUAAGCAAUUCUCAAGUAAUUGCCUCUGUGCACAAUUCCUUUGCUAGGCAACAAAUAUUUGAAUUUGAUCCCCUGGCUGCCAGCAAGAAGGAAGACGCAUACCAUUUUAUCAGCUAUGUGCCCAUAGAUGGACGUCUAUAUGAACUAGAUGGUCUGAAAAAAGGGCCAAUUGAUUUGGGAGCUGUGCCUGUUGAAUCUGACUGGACCGAUAUAGUCAGGCCUAUGAUAGAAAAAAGAAUGCAAAGGUAUAGUGAGGGCGAGAUUCAUUUUAACCUCAUGGCAAUUGUGAGCGAUAGAAAAAUGCUUUUGGAAAGACAGGUGGAAGAAAUACGAAAGCAAAUUGAAGCAAAUGGAGAGAGUGAGUCUGUACGUAAUGAACUGACAAAACUGCAUUUGCUAAUUGAAGAAGAGGAAAAUAAGAGACGCCAGUACAAAACAGAGAAUAUCAGGAGGAAGCACAACUACCUGCCUUUAAUAGUUGAAAUUUUAAAACUACUAGCCAAGGAAGGCAAGUUAACUCCUUUAUAUGAACAAGCAAAAGAAAAGGCACUAAAAAAACAAAAAGAAUAGCAAUACCUAA